CGAACAACAGCAAGCUGACCUAUGUCUGGGAACAGUUUCUAUUCCACUACGUCUCGGAAGGAGGAUUCAUUUACCUCGUUAUGGCGGAUGAUUCUGCUGGAAGACGUAUGCCCUUUACUUUCCUAGCCGAACUCCAACGCAAAUUCACUAGCACCGCACAACCGUCAUCAUCCUCCGACGACACCCCCGCGUAUGCGCUCCAAGGCACGUUCGGCCCCGUCAUUGCCCAGCUCAUGGAACAGUACAACACGUCGCCGCCGACUGACGAGCUCGCGCGUGCACAAUCUGAGCUUGCACAAGUGAAGGAUAUUAUGGUGCAGAACGUAGAGCAGAUCUUGUCCCGCGGCGAGCGGAUCGAGCUUCUCGUGGAUAAGACGGAUAACAUGGCCAGCCAAGCGACUGCUUUCAGGCGAGGUGCCAGGACGGUUCGGCGUAGCAUGUGGUGGAAAAAUACGAAGAUUCUGUCUCUUAGCGUCGUCGUCGGUCUGUUCCUUCUCUGGUUAAUCAUUGCUCAGUUCUGCGGCGCUGGUCUCAACCAGUGCUCUACCAAGUCAUAGCUCCCCUUCCCUGUACAAUACUCACGGCUCGACGUAGCCCUCUAAAUCGAAGAUUG